CGAGGUGUGAUCAAGGGAACUGGUGAUGACCAUGCUGGUGUCACACUAGAUGAUGGCAGUGCUAGCGAUUGGUAUGGAGAUAACGCACUGGAGGCUGCACGCGGCAAGAGUCGUCCCGAUCAAUCGCCACCGCUUCAUCACAUCCGCGUCACUCGAGAUUCAGCGGCUGAGAAUGAGCUCAGGGGACUGAUGGCGUUCUUUGAGGAAACUGGCGGCCAUCAAGGCCGCUGGUUGAACGCAACCGGCUGGGGUGAGAGUCAGGAUCCUUGUGAUGGGUCAUGGUUCGGCGUGGCAUGCACUGUCCUUGAUGAUCAGCUGUGGCAUGUCGUCGGCCUCCGCCUCUUCAACAACACUAUGGCUGGCAAGGUGGACUGGCAGUCCAUGGCUGCUGAUCUGCCGUACAUGGCAUUUCUUCUUGUUGCUAACAACUCGUUGGUCUCGCUCGACGGCAUCGACGAGUUUGCCUUUCUCAACACUUUUGAUGGCCAGCUCAACCCGUGGGACUCGGAGCUGCCCGCCAUCGGCAGUCUGCAGUUCAUCGUCGACUUUGACGUCUCGUACUCGACAGUCCGCGGAAGCAUCCCGCCGCUCGGUGCGCUGCCGUAUCUCAAGUACUUUUCCAUGUCGUACAACGACAUCUCGGGUACCAUCCCGGACCUUAGUCAGCUCCCGCGGCUGGAGACGCUUACGCUCGACGCCAACAAUCUGACAGGCACCCUGCCUGACUUUGGCGCGAAUAGCAAGCUGUACAUGGUGGCGCUGCAGAACAACUUUCUCACGGGUACCCUGCCCGCCAACCUCUUUGUACAUCCGUCGAUGUCACUCUUUCUCGCCUCCAACAACUCGCUCACAGGCACUAUCCCGCCGUUUGCCCCAGACUCGAAACUCUCAUUCGUCUUGCUCUCCAAUAACGAGCUCACAGGCACGCUUCCGGCGCUCCCGGCCAAUCUGGCUAACAUUGCCGUGACCUCAUGCGGGCUUACCGGCGCCAUUCCAGACUUUCCGCCGCUCCUCAACACUAUCUCACUCGCCGAAAACGGGUUCACAGGCACCAUCCCGCCCGUCGGCCACACCCAGCUCGCGUUCCUAGAUCUGCGCGACAACCAGCUCUCGGGCAGCCUUCCGCAGCUUGAUCACAUCGCAGAUUCGCUCGUCACACUCAUUGUUGCGAACAACAGGCUCUCGGGCAGCCUCCCACCUGCGCUCGAUCUGCCCAAGCUUCAGGUCUUCUGGACUCGCGCCAACCGGUUCUCGGGUGCUGUCCCUGACGUCACCAACGCGAUCUCGCUCAUUUCGCUCGACGUCUCGUCCAACGCCCUCUCUGGCGAGUACCCAAGCUCGACGACGCUCCAGUUUGCCUCGUUUCGCGGCAACGCCUUUUCGCACGCGCGCCUCGAUCUCUACCACAAGCUCCCAGCACUGACUGGCCUCGAUGUCUCAUUCAACGACUUUGGCGGCCAGCCGUGGGUUGAGAUUCUCGCCGACAUGAGCGGCAUCACGUUUCUCUCGCGCGGAACAAGCCGGUUUGGAACGCCAACAACGUACAUCAAGCUUGGCCUGCUCAAGAUGGAUCAAUGCAACGUGACCGGCGCCUUUGUCGACGGGCCCAUCUUUGAGUAUGCCCCGCAGCUUAUGUACUUGAGCCUGGAGAACAACGCGCUGACCGGUGAGCUGCCCUCGUUCAUCAUUCCCAACAACAUGAUGUUCCUCUCGCUCGCGGGCAACAGAGCGAUCCGGAGCACGCUUCCUCGCUCGUUUGCACCGGCGCUCGGCGGUCCACUCGGAUACCUCGACCUCUCGGGAACUCAAGUGUACUCGCGACUGGCGUACACGAAUCGCCUUCUCCCGCCGCUUCCCAACUUUAUCUCCACCGCCGAGACAACCGAGUACUUUCCUGGGGGCAAAGAGGUCUCGCCGGCCCCGUAUCGCUGCCCAGACCUGACCGCUACCCAUGAGCCGUCGGCCCACAUCUCUAUUUCACCCGCGUUUUACGACUAUGCGCUCUGCUUGUGUGCUCGCGGCUACUUCGGCCUUGUCAAUGGCAAUCCGCCGUGCCGAUCGACCAACGACAUCUGCCUCCUCUCGCCCGGCGGCUCCGACACCUGCAUCGAGGAGCUGACGGCGACCCAGGUUCGGAUUGCCCGCGGCCACUGGCCCACGGUCACCGAGUCCGGCCAGCAGCUCUACGUGCUACCGUGUGAGAACGUCGAGUACGGGACAGCCCACUGCAAUGUCGACGGGGAAGCGGUCUGCCACAUUUAUCGCACCACGGGCACAGUCGAGUGCUCCGCUGAUGCCCUCUGCGCGUCCGGCUACCGCGACCGACUCUGUACCCGGUGCGACGACGGUUGGUAUGCCAACACCGCCGGUGAGUGCAUCGAGUGCAACAAGGCGUUUACUACGCUCUUUGUGGCUGUCGCUGUCCUCGUCCUCGCUGUCAUGAUUGUCGUUGUCUGCGGGCGAUCCGCUCAGAGCGUCGACCCGCAAAGCGGCUCUCGCGCCGAGGAUGGGCUUCACAGCAGCGUCAACAGCAUCGAUGCUGCCAGCCCUCUGAUGGGCGCAGCCGAGCGGCAUGGUAGCGUGGCGUGGCCAGUCACCUGGCGAACGAUGCUCGGGCUGAUGUGGCCGUACCUGGCGCUCUCGCUCAGCGAGGUCCUCCUCUUCGUGGUGCUCUUCACCAUCGACGCCUCGUCGAUGGAGGACGUAUUCUUGGUCCUGCUUGCGCUCCUCUUUGUCACGCUUUACCUCGCGUCGGCCAAGUAUCAGGAGCUCCGCAAGGCGGCCGGAGAAGCAGUCGCUCGGCCGAUGCUCGGGACUGAGGACGGGCUGGCGAGCCUCGCGGGGCUCUUCAAGUCGUUCCUUGUCUUUAUCCAGACCACCGAGCUUUUGCUCGGCUCGACCUUUGCGUGGCCGGCGACGCUUGUGGCGCUCCGGCGGCAGCUCUCGACGGUCGGGAUCCGGGCGGAGGGCCUGGAGUGCUUUUCGUCGGCGUUUGAGUACAACGGCAAGUACCUGGUUGUCGUCUCGCUUCCGCUCGGCUUUGCACUUGUGCUCAGCGUGCUUGGAGUGUGCCGCAUCGCGGUAGCCUGGCUGACCAGCCGCGACAAGGACACCGUCACGGCCGUGGCCAGCCAGACCUGGGAUCGAGUUCUCUCUGCGGUUGUAUUUGUCUUUUACGUGGUGUUUAUGGAACUGACAACGGUCUCGCUCGAGCGGUUUACCUGCCUUCCGGAUCCUGUGCCGGGCUCGACCAAACGGUUCUCAGCGACCGAGCCUUGGGUCGAGUGUGUUUGGGAUGGGUGGAUGUUCAUGUCUCUCGGGUGGCUAGUGGUGUACGGUGUCGCCAUGACGUGCCUGGUGGCGUAUCUAUGGCGGCACCGCGCAGCCAUCGUGACGCCCGAGACUGUGGGACACGCCGCGGUGGAGCAGUUUGAGGUGCGCUUCGGCUUUGUGUACGAGACGUUCCGGGCGCGGGCGUGGUACUUUGACGUUGCGAUCCUUGGGCGGCGGCUUGCACUUGCUGCGCUGGUCUCGCUCGUCCACGCUGGCUCGCCAUUUCUUCCGCUGAGCGUGGUGGCUGUCUUGGGCUCUGCCUCCUGGCUGCAAGGUGCAGUGCGGCCGUUCACCACCAGCGCCAACAACGCGCUUGAGCAGGCAAGCAUCUCGCUGACGCUCUUCUCGUACGUUGGCGGCAUCGUGCUCGCCAACGAGGCUGCCAAUGCCAGCAGCUCAGCGUGGGACGCCCAAGCGGUGGCUUGGGGUCUGGUGGUGAUCAACGGCACUAUGUGUGCCAUCUACGUCGGGAGCAUGGCUCUCAUCCUGGUUCACUCGCUGAGCUCCCGUGCCGCACGCGCCGCUGCCGCUGAGCUGCUCGCCAAAGACGACAACAACAACAACAACGACAACAACGACAACAGCAACAACAGCAACGACCACGACGGCGACGGCGACGGCGACGGCGACGACGGCGACAUGGCGGGGCAGGACGAGAACGUGGACGGCUCUGGAAGCGACAUGAGCGAGAGCAACAAACUGGUUGAGGAGGAGGCAGAGGAGGUUAUGGCCGACGACUCGGUGGGCAACUCGGUCGUGAGCACCAACUCGGUCGACGCAAACUCGGUCGAUGACGCCGACGACGCAGACGCAGACGCAUACUCGGUCGACGACGCCGUCGCAGACGCAGACGCAGACGCAGACGCAGAUGCAGAUGCUGACGCAGAUGCAGACGCAAAAUCGGCCGAGAACACAGACAUCAACUCGGUCGAGAACACAGACGUUAGCUCGGAUCACGUGCACAGCGCCAAUGACGACGACCGUGCCCAGUCGGCCCCGGGUGCCAUGCGUGACGGGAACAAGGCGCUCGAGGUGGCGGCGACGGUGUUGCGAGGCGGUGAGCGGGUGGCCAUCACGAAUGACGAGGUGUCGGUCAUGGUAGAGCGCGAGAUGGCGGUCGAGGCCGAGGCGCUCCUUCCGCCAGCUACCCUCUCGGUUCUUGUCCUCCCCGCAGGCUACUCUUGCCGGUUUGUCGUCGGCGUUGGCUCGCGGGUUGCCGAGGUCAAAGCCAUGCUCCGCCAGGAGCUCGAUCUCGGCGCUGCCGAGCUGACCCUGGCCUACGGCGGCGAGUCGCUCCCCAACGCCGCAACGCUCUCUGAGGUCGGCAUCGAGCCCAACUCGACACCGCAGGUCGCGCUCACCGUUCUCGCCGUCCCGGUGGUGGAUCCUGCCGCCGCCGCAAGCAACGAUGAGCCGACGGCGCACUGCCCAAUCGACCGCUCGAUGGUGGCCCGCAAGCCGUUCCUCGGCGGCUUCCGCCACCGCAUCACCGGUGUCGAGUUCCACAACGCUUCGACGCAGGUCGAUGGGCCGAGCGAGGAACAGGUGUACAAAGAGCCGUCGGUCAAGUUCUCGCGUGAAACUCAGACCGUCAAGGUGGUGAGCCACGGGACGCAGUCGCAGCGCGAGGCCGGGACCCAGAUGACGACGUCGUCGGUGUAUGUCGACGACCGCAACGAUCGCGUCCUCACCCGCGGCAAGUACGUGACCGCCGACGAGGUCGUCCAGAUGCGCAUCGAGUAUGCAACCAAGAUCCAGUCGUACGUCCGCGGCUUCUUUGCCCGCAAGCUCGCCCGCAAGCUCCGCGCCGAGCUCGAGGAGCGCCGCCAAAUCAUUGCCGCCCGGGAGGCUGAGCGCCUCCGCGAGGCCGAGAUCGUCCGCCAGGUUGAGAUCGAACGCCGCAUGCACCCGCGGACCGCCAAGGACUUUGAGCUGCUGUACAACGAGCUCGAGGCCUGGCGCCUCGCAGAAAUCGCAAAAAUCAACGCCACCGAGCUCACUCCUGACCAGCGCCAGCGCGCCAUGUCCGACCUCCUCGCCAAGGAGACCAAGCUACUGCAGACCAUCGACCGGCUGCGGAACACUGCAAACAUCGAGAACCGCGAGGCCCGUAUCGACGCAACGCUCUCGCUCAUGGCAAAGCCCAAGCUCUGGGGCCUCUCUGACGGCUCCGUCGCCUCGGUCCACACCCCGUUCACCAUCCGCGCCAAGGAGCUCGGCGACCUGUACCAUGGCCUUGGCCUCACACACCUCACCCUUGACGAACGCCUCGAUGUGCUACUCCACGUCAAGUGGACCGUCAAGGAGUUCGAUUGCGACCUCACCCGCGACAUUGUCGAGCUCAUCGACCGCGAGGCCGACCUCCUCAACCGCGGCCGCUCGCCGGCCUCGCUCGCCGGCCUCCGAAAGCGUCUCCUCAACCUCUUCCUUCAGUUUAUCGAGACGCCCGAGUUCAAUCCUGAGUCUGCCCGCUUCCAGCGCGUGCCCGAGGGCCUACUCAAGCGGCCCAACGUGGUGCCCGACGCGCCGUCGCGGUCGUCGCGUGCCUCAUCGCGCGCCUCGCGCGCCUCUUCGCGCAACAAGUCACGUCCCACCUCGCGCCCCACUUCGCGCACCUCGCGCGCCUCGUCACGCGCCUCGCGCACAGGCUCCACUCCAGCCACGACCACGCCGUUUACAGACCGCGGGCCACGGCCCGAGUCGCGCUCAGAAGUGGACAUAUUUGCCGACCUCAAGGCCGCGCUCGCCGACGGAACGCUCCCGUGCGCGGCGCCGACGCUGGACGACGUCUCCUCGCUCGCCGACUCGGGCUUUGUCGUCGACGGUACGCUCCCCAACGUCUUUGUCGACUUUUCGGUCGCGGGCGUCUUCUCGGACGUCCUCGACAUCAGCUCGGCGCUCGCCGGCGCGUUCGCGUCGCGCGACAUGCUCGUCCUUGACAAGGUUCUCACGAUGCUCAGAGUCAACGCGCAGUUGGCGCGUGGCGAUAAGGCGUGCGCACGGCGCCCGUCGCCGAAGCGCGCCAAGUACGGGCAGCAGAAGGGCUCGACGGCGCCCGAGUUUGCCGAGAAGAAGCUCCCCCGCGAGCUCGCACCCUUCUCGCUGGCCAACUGCCUGGUCGUCAUCGCCGGCGAUUACAAGCCCAAGCCCAACGACCACCGACGGGUGUCGAUUGCCGACAUCGUCGCCUCGCUCAUCGCCAAGGGCGACCCCAAGCUCUCGACCAAGUUCACCGAGUGGGGCACGAGCAAGGCGGUCGUCGGCCUCGGCGAGGACGUCGAGCACCCGAUACUCCUCGCGCGCUUCCGCCUCAUGUCCUCGCUCCUCAUGUCGGCAUCGGCCACGCCGACCGGCAAGCUCGUCCGUCGCAAGAAGAUCCACAACGUCCUCGCGCUCUCCCGUCCGGCCGCUGUGUUCAACUCACUGAUGGUCUCCUUCCCGGUCGUCGGUACGGCACCUCGCGCGCCGCCCAUGCUCCCAGGCGUCCGUCACCGCGACGGCAACUCGGGCAUCUUUCAGGCAGGGGUCUACGUGUCGGCCGCCAUCACGUGCGGGCGCGCCUCCCACCUCAAGCCGCAGGCCAAGCAGGCGUGA